AUGCCCCUCAACCCCAUCACCCAACAACCUGUUGUUGAUCCCCAAAAGGUCGAACACAUCUCCACGCGCCCUCAGAAACGCAUCGAGAUCGUCGAACCCAGCCCAACAUGGCCAGCCACCUACGAACACAUCGCGCAGCGCAUCCGCUCCGCUAUAGGCAACUACAUGAUCUCCAUCGAGCACAUCGGGUCGACUAGCGUGCCGGGCCUCCCCGCCAAAGACAUCAUAGACGUGGACGUGAUUGUGCCCGAUCCCAGCGCCGAAGACAGCUACAUCCCCGCACUGGAGGCGGCCGGGUUCCAGUUUCUCUUACGUGAACCAGACUGGUACCAGCAUCGGUUUCUGGGGCUAGAGUUCCCCUAUGCGAAUGUACAUGUGUUCGGGCCGGAUGGCCACGAGGCGAUUAGACAUCGUCUGUUUCGUGACUGGUUGCGGGAUCAUGAGGAGGAUCGUAUUCGAUAUGCGGCUGCUAAACGGGAGGCAGCUGAGGCGAGUCGUAAUGCGGGUGAGACUGUUAUGCAAUAUACUGAUCGGAAGGAGCCGGUUAUUCGGGAUAUCUUGCAGAAGAUAUAUAAGGUGCAUGGGAUGUUGUAA